GACGCCCACAACUGCAUUCCCUUGUUUGAUGAAAAAACCAAAACAGCAUUUUUUGCUGUUUAUGAUGGACACGGAGGUCAUGAAGUUGCAAAGUAUUGCGAGAGAUAUUUCCCAGAGUUUGUGAAGAAGUUGAUGAACACAGAGGACCCACAAGACAUUGCUAGUUUUAUCAAAAAAGCAUUCCUCCAGUUUGACGAGACAUUGACACACGAUGAUGUUAUCAAGAUGCUCAAAGAGCUGGCUGGAAAAGAUGAUGACAAUGAGGACGACGAUGACUGUCUUCCUGUAGGUCGCUCAGAAGCCGAGCUGUUGAAAGAAGAAGCUGACAUGCCGUUGGAUCAAUUAUUAGCACAGUACAAAUUGACAACACCCGACAAAACUAAGAAUUCUCAUGACAGCGCUUUGCAAAGUCCAGCUCUCCGGACUGAAUCAACAGAUAAUAAUGAAGCUGUUCUCAGCCAAGAUGCAGAAGAUGGGCCAUCUUCAUCGGUAUGCACAUCAUCCUCAGGAACAACAGCAUCACCAUCAUCAAAACAGCACAAACAUGACAGUUCCUCACAGUGUUCCAAUGGUGAGGAUAGUGUGAAUAAGUCCAGCAGUAGCAACCAGCCUGAAACUGUUGUGGGCACGGCAGCAAACAGCAGCCACACUAAAUGUAAUAAUGACAGUGAUAACAGCAUUACAGCUUCCCCCACAGUGCCUUCAUCUGUCAGUAAGGAGUCCUCUACUGCAACAAGCACCACAGAGAGGGAAGCGGCAGACGGCUGUGAAUCUGCCUGUGUGAAACAAACAGGGACCUGUGACAGUUCACAGUCUUCAACAUUACCAGAACCGGCUGGUUCAGCCACAGGAGCUGCCAGCUCCCAAGAUGCAGAUGAUGGACCUUCUGGCUCAGGUGCUAGUGCUAAAGCUUGCAGGAAGUCCAGUAAGGCCAACACAACAGAGAAUGCAACAACCAUUGAUGGAUACAUGGACACAAGUGAUGAUGAUGAGGAUGAUGAUGAUGACGACGAAGACUCAUGGGAAGACAUGAGUGACAGUGAUGACGAAGAUGACGACGACGAAGAAGAUGAAACAGAGGAUGUACCAAUGAUGAAUGCUUCUGAAGAAGAAGAACCCGGUUCAGAUAGUGGCUGCACUGCCUGUGUCGUCCUCAUGCAGGAGAACAAACUGAUUGUGGCCAAUGCUGGUGAUUCUCGUUGUGUCCUGUCAAGGGCCGGCAAGGCUGUGGAGCUCUCAUUUGAUCACAAACCUGAGGAUGAUUCUGAGAAGGAGAGGAUAGAGAAUGCCGGUGGCAAGGUCACUGCUGAUGGGCGCGUCAACGGAGGGCUUAACCUGUCGCGGGCUAUAGGUGACCAUGUGUACAAACGCAACAAAGAUCUUCCAGCCGAGGAACAGAUGAUCACUGCUUUGCCUGAUGUUGAAACUGCAGAUCUGUGCAGCGACGAUCAGUUUAUUGUUAUCGCUUGUGAUGGCAUUUGGAAUUACAUGUCCAGUCAAGAGGUUGUAGACUAUGUCUUAGAAAAGUUCAAGGACCCAGAACUUAGACAGAAGCCAUCUGCCGUCUGUGAAGCAUUAUUUGACCACUGCCUGGCACCCAACACUGCUGGUGAUGGAACUGGCUGCGACAACAUGACCUGCAUCAUUGUUGUUUUGGACUCUUUCCUGAAGCCAGCCACAGAGCAGCCGACGCCCGACGCAGCAAUCACCCAAGAGCUGGUGGUGAAAAAUGGAGAGGACAGUUUGGAGAAGCAGCCUGUGAAUGAAAGAGGAGACGCCGGAUCAGGAAGCUUGAAACGCUGUGCUGAUAAUGUUGAGGUCAGAGAGGAAAAAAGAGUCAAAGUUGAAGAAAAGGUUGUGUGA